GUACGUUCACAUGUUUGCCCAUUGUGGACGCAUAAUUCGUCUGGGUGACGUCACCGUAAAACACACGAAUUUGCUAUCGAGAUGUGUGUUUGUUCGAAAUUUUGUCGCCAAUGCCCACCACCUGUUCGACGAAUUGCCGCAACGAGACCUCUCCUCACUUAACUCUCAACUCUCGUCUUACCUCCGCAGCGGAAACCCAAACGGCGCAAUGGCUCUUUUCCUUGAGAUGCAUCGAGCCAGCCCUGAUCUCAGCUCCCACACCUUCACUCCUGUUCUCGGCGCGUGUGCUCUCUUGUCGUAUCCGGAAACAGGACGCCAGGUUCACGCCUUGAUGAUUAAAGAAGGCGCUGAGACAGGAACCAUUUCCAAAACGGCGCUUAUUAACAUGUACUCAAAGUACGGACACUUGGUUGAUUCCAUUACGGUAUUCGAGAGCGUUGAGGAAAAAGAUGUCGUCUCAUGGAAUGCUCUGCUUUCGGGUUUCCUUAGAAACGGUAAAGGUCAAGAAGCUCUUGGCGUUUUCGCUGCUAUGUAUAGAGAAAGAGUAGAAAUCAGUGAGUUCACUUUAUCUUCCGUUGUUAAAACUUGUGCCUCUCUUAAGAUUUUGCAGCAAGGGAAGCAAGUUCAUUCCAUGGUGCUGGUCACGGGACGUGAUCUUGUGGUUUUAGGAACUGCAAUGAUUAAUUUUUACUCGAGUGUAGGGCUGAUAAGUGAAGCCAUGAAGGUUUAUCUCAGUUUGAAUGUUCAUACGGACGAGGUGAUGUUAAAUUCAUUGAUAUCAGGUUGCAUUCGAAACAGAGAUUACAAGGAAGCGUUUCUGCUUAUGAGUAGGCAGAGACCCAACGUGAGAGUGCUCAUUAGCUCCCUUGCUGGUUGCUCUGAUAACGCUGAUCUGUGGAUUGGUAAACAGAUACACUGUGUCGCCUUACGUAAUGGUUUCGUUUCAGAUUCUAAGCUAUGCAAUGGCUUAAUGGAUAUGUAUGGAAAAUGCGGUCAGAUUGUGCAAGCCCAUACUAUUUUCAGAUCUAUUUCGUAUAAAAGUGUGGUUUCUUGGACGAGUAUGAUAGAUGCGUAUGCAGUUAAUGGUGAUGGGGUUAAGGCUCUUGAAAUCUUUAGGGAAAUGUGUGAAGAAGGAAGCGGAGUUUUGCCUAAUUCAGUGACAUUUCUGGUUGUUUUAUCGGCUUGUGCACAUGCAGGACUAGUUGAAGAAGGUAAGGAAUGUUUUGGUAUGAUGAAGGAGAAAUAUCGGUUGGUUCCUGGAACAGAGCAUUACGUAUGCUUUAUUGAUAUCUUGAGCAAGGCUGGGGACACAGAGGAGAUAUGGAGAUUAGUCGAGAGAAUGAUGGAGAACAAUAAUCGUAACAUUCCUUGUGCUGUAUGGGUUGCAGUACUUAGUGCCUGUAGUCUAAAUAUGGAUGCCACGCGAGGGGAAUAUGUAGCAAGCAGGCUUAUGGAAGAUUCGGGUCCAGAGAACGCGAGCAUCUACGUGUUGGUUUCAAAUUUCUAUGCGGCGAUUGGGAAGUGGGAUGUGGUUGAAGAAUUGAGAGGAAAAAUGAAGAAUAAAGGUUUGGUUAAAGCAGCUGGACACAGCUUAUUCAUAUGAACUAAUAAUUCUGUCUCUG